GUCACGAUCAACACAUCGCAACGUACCUUCGUUACCGACUUUGAGGGAUGGCAGGGUCGGAGCUUAUACUUUGACAGGCUCUUCUCUGGGAAAUGGGACGACAAAAAAGAAGAUGGGUCUUACUUCAUUGAGACUGAUGCCAAUAUCUUCGAACACGUUCUAAGAUAUCUCCGUACUGGUGUUUUGCCGGUUUUUUACGACAGCACAGCAGGUCACAACUUCCCUCUUUACCAGGCGCUGCUCGAAGAAUCAAAAUAUUUCGCCAUUGACAGGCUAGAAAAGUGGUUACGCGAGCGGAAAUACCUGGAGGCUGUCAAGAUAGAAUAUAUGGUCAAG